UGAUUUAAUGUUGCAUUUCCUGAUGUAACUGUAACCAAUAUCAAAGUUGCUUUUCCUGGCUGGGCAUGGUGGCUCACAGCUGUAAUCCCAGCACUUUGGGAGGCCAAGGCGGGAGGAUCGCCUGAGAGCAGGAGUUUGAGACCAGCCUGGCCAACAUGGCAAGAUCCUGUCUCUAUAAAAAAUGAAAUUAGCUGGGUGUAGUGGCACAUGCCUGUAGUCCCAGCUACUCGGGGAGGCUGAGGUGUGAGGUCAAGACUGCAGAGCCAUGUUUGUGCCACUGCACUCCAGCCUGGGGGAUCUUCUCUGGAUCAAGCAAUGGUGGUGAAAAAUGUUUCGCAAGGGCAAAAAACGACACAGUAGUAGCAGUUCCCAAAGUAGCGAAAUCAGUACUAAGAGCAAGUCUGUGGAUUCUAGCCUUGGGGGUCUUUCACGAUCCAGCACUGUGGCCAGCCUCGACACAGAUUCCACCAAAAGCUCAGGACAAAGCAACAAUAAUUCAGAUACCUGUGCAGAAUUUCGAAUAAAAUAUGUUGGUGCCAUUGAGAAACUGAAACUCUCCGAGGGAAAAGGCCUUGAAGGGCCAUUAGACCUGAUAAAUUAUAUAGACGUUGCCCAGCAAGAUGGAAAGUUGCCUUUUGUUCCUCCGGAGGAAGAAUUUAUUAUGGGAGUUUCCAAGUAUGGCAUAAAAGUAUCAACAUCAGAUCAAUAUGAUGUUUUGCACAGGCAUGCUCUCUACUUAAUAAUCCGGAUGGUGUGUUACGAUGAUGGUCUGGGGGCGGGAAAAAGCUUACUGGCUCUGAAGACCACAGAUGCAAGCAAUGAAGAAUACAGCCUGUGGGUUUAUCAGUGCAACAGCCUGGAACAAGCACAAGCCAUUUGCAAGGUUUUAUCCACCGCUUUUGACUCUGUAUUAACAUCUGAGAAACCCUGAAUCCUGCAAUCAAGUAGAAGUCAACUUCAUCUGAAAGCUCAGCUGUUUUCAAACUGCAAUGCUGAAAUGUUAUGCAAAUAAUGAAGUGAUCCCUUGCUCUAGAUUUUCUGAAGAAAAUGGAUUGUGUAAAAUGCUGAUCAUUUGUUUAUUAAAAUGUGUCCUAUUACACAGUGA